AUGGUGCUAGUGAAACAUCUCAUUAGCCCUGCAACAUUGCCAAAGUCACCAUCAGUCGGUCCUCCCAUCCUCGCAGAACAGAUAUCUGUCCUUUCCUACAACAUUUUGCUUCCCAAUAGCUCGGAUGGCUGGUGGAACUACAAAAUGUACAACCCUCCACUGCCAAAGGAUCUUCAGUAUCAAUCUUCAUGGGACUAUCGCAAAGAUUUACUGAAAGAACGUAUCGAACUCGUCGGUGCAGACAUUGUUUGUUUUCAAGAAGUCAGUCCGGACUCUUUUUCCUCGGAUUUUGCCUUCAUGUUGGACUUGGGGUAUGAUGGUGUGGAGCUCUUCAAGAAGGGCCGCUUUCGACCUGCCACUUUUUGGAAGACCUCACAAUGGGAACUAGGCGUACCAGCAGCUCAUAAGGAUAGAUGUUUGGUGACGGCAUUUCGACGACCCAACGAAGAGCAACAGAACAAUUGGAUUGUUUGCAACUGUCACUUGCAAGCAGGGAAACAAGGACCGCGACGAGUGAGACAGAUCAAUGAAGCAGUGAAAGGAGCAAUGACGAUGGCAAGGAAAUUGAAAGUGCCAAAACCUGAAGAACAGAUAAAACUUAUUGUGUGUGGAGACUUCAAUGGCGGUUCGGAGUGUGGAGCUGUGCGUCUUUUAGAAGAUGGAUUCAUCGACGAGACAUUUGUGGAAGAUGGCGUUAAUGUCUCGUCGAACUUGAAAAAGCUACCACUCAGUCAGCCAAUGGUGGAUGUCCCUUCUAGCGUCGAUCGAAGCAGUUUCGCUGACAACCAUCCUCCUCCGACUAUGGUGGUAUCAGAGUUAAUGUCUAACUUGAUGGAAGAGGCUACCUAUGAUGACCCAAUUCUUUCGAAUUCAAUGCGCGAGCGAUUGGAAAGGAUAUACAAGAAAUUCUCCAAUUCGAGUGGUAUCAUGACCAAGCAGGAAGUGGAGCACUGGUUGGAAACCAUCAAUUUGAGGCUCAAUCGGGGUGAUGAAUUCCGAAGCGCGGCAAAGCACAUGGGAUGGGUCGAUCCCAAUCCUGAGGAUUCAUAUGAAGUACAGAAGUACAGAGUUCAAAUACCUGAUGACGGAGUUUUAACGUUGGAGCAAUUUACGGAUGUGUAUCAACAGGAACUGUCGCGAGGAAAGUUCUGGGGAAUUAGUCACGACAUGGCCGUUCUAGGAGAUCCACUACCAGAUGAUGGUGUCUUUGAAGCAAGAUACGAUCGUAUGUACUGCUCUGCAGCCUUAGAACCAGUUGCUGUUCUUGAUACAGUCUCCAAGGUAUCUUGUCCGAAUUCAAAUGAACCUUCCGACCAUCUACCCGUGGCUGCCACAUUCAAAAUCAAAGUUUGA